CCUGCCCACUUGGGAGUCUUUUAGAAGGGUGCAGUAGUAACGCAGGGCAUCACUGGCAGAGGACUCGCAGGUUUGUGGAUUAAAGCGCUAGUCUCGAUGGGUGAAGGGAAAACCAGGAGCUGCUGGUCAAAGCCUACGCAAAAGCUGUACUUGGUGGAGACAGAAGAGGCUGCCCUUUGGCGGGAGGCUGCCCGAGACCUGAGAACUCUCGCGGGAAGAUGUACGGUCACCACGGCAACCGCAUCGCCCUGGGGUUGGUAAAGAUGGCGGGACGAAGUGUUAGAGUGCCGAGACGCGGUUCUGCAGGUACCCAGUCGCGCGGGCAGCUUGCAGCUGGACGGGACCUCCUCGCCCGGGAGCAAGAGUACAAGCGUUUAAAUGAAGAAUUGGAGGCAAAAACUGCUGAUCUGGUUCGACAAGCUGAGGAAGUAAUAAGAGAGCAGCAAGAAGUGCGAGCCAGGCCUUUUUCCGCACUAACUACAUCAUGCAAAGAGGAAGAUGGUUACAGUUCGAGAGAUCUGUUGUCAUCUGAAGGGGCUCAUCCAUGGACAGAAACCAAGCCAAAGACCAAAAACACUGGUCCUGUAAACAAGAUUCAAAACAGACUCCACUCUGCAGAUAAAGAAAGGAAAACAAAUUCAAGUGCUAAACUGAAAUAUCCUGACGGGCAGACUGCCAAUGAUGUGGCCAUCCCAGACGAUUUCUCAGACUUCUCCCUUGCCAAGACGAUUAGCAGGAUUGAAGGGCAGCUGGAUGAGGACGGCUUGCCCGAGUGUGCAGAGGACGACAGCUUCUGUGGUGUGAGUAAGGACAUUGGGACAGAGGCUCAGAUCCGAUUUCUAAAGGCCACGCUCCAUGUGAUGCAGGAGGAGCUGGACAGCGUUGUGUGCGAGUGCAAUAAGAAGGAGGAUGAAAUUCAGGACUUAAAGUCCAAGGUGAAAAAUUUGGAAGAAGACUGUGUGCGACAACAGCGAACAGUUACAUCCCAGCAAUCCCAAAUAGAAAAAUAUAAGAAUCUUUUUGAAGAAGCAAAUAAAAAAUGUGAUGAAUUACAGCAGCAGCUGUCAUCAGUAGAACGGGAAUUAGAAAGUAAAAGAAGAUUACAAAAACAGGCUGCCUCAAGUCAGAGUGCCACGGAGGUCCGUCUGAAUCGAGCUCUCGAAGAAGCAGAAAAGUAUAAAGUGGAGCUGAGUAAACUCAGGCAAACUAACAAGGAUAUUACAAAUGAAGACCAUCAAAAAAUUGAAGUGUUGAAAUCAGAAAACAAAAAACUAGAAAGACAAAAAGGAGAAUUAAUGAUAGGGUUCAAGAAGCAGUUGAAAUUAAUUGACAUUUUGAAAAGGCAGAAGAUGCAUAUUGAAGCUGCCAAGAUGCUGUCUUUCAGCGAGGAGGAGUUUAUGAAGGCUCUUGAGUGGGGCAGUUCAUGAGUGAGCAACUGCAAUGGGAUGCUCAUUUGAUAUCAAGUGUAGUCUUCUUACUGUUCAUGAGUAAUAAGAACAUUUGUGAAAUAAAAGAUUUAGAUAAU